GGGGGGUCUGGUGGGCGCCGCUGGGCGGCUGCUGGGCCGGAGGCUGCCGGGCCGGCCGCUGGCUCUCGGGCGGGCUGCGCUCCCAGUCGGAGCCUCACUCAGCCUCUGCUCCGUCAGCAGACUGCUGAUCCCAGGCUCUCUGCAGCCUCUUUUGUACUCGUCACGAGGGCGCCAACGGAAGGGCGCGAGCUCCGGGAGCUAGGCGCGAACUCAGGGUACAAACUCACUUCACCAUGAAGGUGAAGAUUAAGUGUUGGAAUGGCGUAGCCUCCUGGCUCUGGGUUGCCAAUGAUGAGAAUUGUGGUAUUUGUCGAAUGGCUUUUAAUGGCUGCUGCCCAGACUGUAAGGUGCCUGGGGAUGACUGCCCCCUUGUGUGGGGUCAGUGCUCACACUGUUUCCACAUGCACUGCAUUCUCAAGUGGCUUAAUUCUCAGCAAGUACAGCAGCAUUGUCCCAUGUGUCGACAGGAAUGGAAGUUCAAAGAGUGACUGACAUCUUCUGUGACAUCUGUCUUUUCUUCGUGUCAUGUGGUGAAGAACUCUGUAACCUUGGGCUUAUAGAUCCCAAGCCACAAAAAGGAGUCAUUUUUACAAUCUUUUAGGCUUUGAUGCUUUCAACAGAAACCUUGAGACCACCCACAUAAUAGGAAGGGCAUGAGAAACAGACUGGGUACAUGAAGUCACCUUUCUUCCCCUAUGUUUUAACUCUGUUUUAGUGGAUAGGAGCUGUAGUGGUUCACAGGAUUAGGCUUCUCUGAUUCUAAGAGAAUUGGGAAGAGGACUGGACUUGAUUUUGUUUUUUUCCAUUGGCAAUGUUGAAACUUUUCAUCUUGAAAACUAAAAUUCAUUAAACUAUCUGAAUCUUGCUAAAGGCCCUCUGGGCCUCCCAGUUCUUUACUUGAUAGGUUUAUAAGCCUCGGAUGUGUCUUGAUAUGAAAAUACUCAUGAAUAAACAUUUCUGUGAAACACCAGUGAGGCCCUCCUAUAAAAAAUGAGAGGAGACAUUGCUGCUUUAGGGCUAUCUGAUGUAAAUUAAACAGGUAAGAUGACACACUAAGAAGGGGACAAAAGACUAAGUAGGUCAUAUUGGGAUAAGAGAGCAGCUGUUUUUACAAACAUAGCAUUCUCAAUUAGCUUAACUAUUUAAGCAUGCUUUAACAGUCCAAGGGAAGAGAAGGGGAUAGUAGCCAGACUUAAGAGAAGUUCUUGCUGACUGAGUGGUAAAAGGAUUUUGGGAGGAUAUAGUGAAUACUGUAGGAUGAGGUAUUUGGGGAGAGAAAUCAAAUACAAAUGGAGCUAGACUUUCUGCCCUCAAAGGAUUCCAUGAAACCCCUAGUAAACAGAACAAGAAAAAUAGAGGUAAUUUAUUGUACAAGAUAUACUUUGCAAGUAUGAAACUUCAGGUUCCAUCCUUAGCCUCUCAAGUUGUUUUCAUUUUUGAAAGGCAGUAUGGUAUAGCAGAGAGGACUUUAGACUUAGGGGUCAGGAAAGUCUGCCUCAAACACUUUUCUUUGGUGACUCUAGACACAGGUCACUUAAUGUCUUUGUAUCUCAUUUUUCUCAUCUGUAAAAUGUGGGAAUUGGGUUAAGUAAAGUCUCUUCCAUUUCUAAGUAUAUGAUCUGAAACCAUACUGAUCAUUGAAGCUGGUCAUUCAUACCCUCUUGUUCAUAUCAUUGUAAUUCCUUAAUGGCACUGAGUCAUGAAAGCCCUCCCUUAUAAUAAAUAUUACAGCUAA